AUGGAAGGCUAUAAACCACUCAAAGGAAGUUUAUAUGGAAGUUUUGGCUUUAAAUUAGAUGCGAAAGGAAUCUUAACAGACAAAAGCAUAGUUUACUGUUUCCAUUGCGAACAGAGCUUUUCCUACCACCGCAGCAAAACAAGCUUGCAAUACCAUUUGCGAAAAAAACAUUCUCUCAUCACUAAAGCUACACCUAGUGAAGAUGUAGAGUCCGACUCGGAAAUCACAGUGAUCUCUGACAACUCUAACAUGGAUUUCCGAGGGUACCCGUUGUCCAGCAGUCUGGGACCAAAUUUGAGGAGGAGGGGGGAUCGGGGACCACCAGGACUGGUUCUGGAUAGACGCAAGUCUACAGUUUGGAAUUAUUAUAUCCAGCUUAAUGAGAUGUAUGUUGAGUGUAAUAUAUGCAAGAGACAGUUGUCUUUUCACAACAGCACUACGACUAUGAGGGAGCACCUUGUCCGCAAACAUAAUAUACGUGACAAUGGUCCACCUGUACUCCAUAACACAGUGGUGGCCUUGGCCCCGAUUCCAGCUACAUCACUUCAGCCAAUGGCCCAGCCCAGAUUCCCCUGCAACAUCUCCACUACAUCUACUACUGCCAACACAUUCAUGUUCCAGCCAGAUUUGCACGUAGUUGUAAAAGAGGAGCAGCAGGAUGCUGACUUAUCUCCUGAACAAGGGACGGCCAAACGUUCACGAAUCACAUGUGCUCCCCCAGAUGUAGGAGGCGGUGCCAAUGCCAACCCUGUCUGCAGCCGAGAUUUGGAAUCGUCAAGUUCAAAUACUGGAUUACUAUACAGUGAGAACAACCACUUUGGUGAUAGCAGUCGCAGUGGCACUUGUAUCAAGGAAUCCAAUGAUAAGCGAACUGGCUUCCUGACUGACCUAAUAUUAGAAGUGGUGUACAGGGACUUGCAGCCACUGUCUGUGGUGGAGGAGAGGGGAUUUCGUCUUCUAUUGAGCUGCUUAGAACCACAGUACCCAGUGCCAUCUCCCUCUCAGCUCGGCAGCCUUAUUUGGCAUCGCUAUGAUGUUCUUAAACUGCAACUGCAGCAGUGUCUUCAGUCUGGCCUGGCACCACGUGGCAUAACACUUUGCACUGAAUACUGGAGGUCAGUAGCAGGUUGUGAGGUGGGAGCAAGCGGCCGGGUGUUCUUAACUGUAAGUGCACAUUUUAUUGACAAAGACUGGCGCUUGGCCCGUUGUGAGCUGCAGACCCGUCCCAUGACCGUUAUCAGAGAGAGGGCUUGUGGAAGUGGGUUACCUCAAUUUGGUGACACCCUAAAGGCAGUUCUCUCUGACUUCCAUCUCCCUCAGAGCUCUGUUUUCUGUGUUGUGCACGAUACUCCCAAGACCUCAGAGGCUAGAGGGACUGCAAAUAUGGGAUUUCAGAAAGAAAAUCAAAUUGCUGGACCAGGCCAAUCGCCUCAGGAUCUCCCAGAGAGCUGGGUAGCAUUACACUGUGCAGGGGAAGCCCUCAAACUCUGCAUCCAGGAAGGACUAUGGAUGGAACCUGUCAGACAUGCUCUUUCUGAGGCCCGCAGGAUUAUUUCACAUUUCCAGCAUGACACACCUGCUGCUGCCGCUCUGAUCCACAAAGCAGAAGCUGCUAAUAAAGCCGGUGCUUGUCUGGCGCUGGAUGACCCAGGGCACUGGGCAACUACUAUUGACAUGUGUGAAAGUCUGCUAGGGCUGAAAUGGGUGGUGAGCUCUGUUCUAGAGGAGCAGAAAGCUGCUCCAAAUUUAGUGGACCACCAGUGGCGUCUCCUCCAGGAGCUGGUGCCAGUUCUUAAGACCAUGCGCAUCGCUGCCUCCUUUUUGAGUGAGGACAUAAAUGUGUCCAUCUCCGCCCUUAUGCCGUGCCUGCAUGGCGUAUUCCGUGUCCUAAGGCAACACAUUGCAGAGAGCAGCUGCCCUGUGGCUCGAGGAGUCAUGGAGACCGUGCAGUCAGGAAUGGAGCGACAGUGGAGACUGGGUGAAGAGGAGGCCUUACUGGACAGCCCUGCCGUCCUCUCCUCAUUCCUGGACCCGAGGUUUAAGGAGCUGCGCUUCCUCAGCCCACAUGCACGUAGUAAGCUGCACGACAAGGUUAAAGAACUGUUAUCUGCUCAAGCGCAAAUGGAGGCAGAGGAAAUAAGCAGAGAGCGUGAUAAAGGAGGUGAUAACGGCGAAGAGGGAAGGGAAAGGGGAGUGACUAAGAUGAGAUUGUUGACGGAGAGUUCAUCAAUCGUUCAUCUGCAGCCCACUUCCUAUAAUCAAGUGAGCCCAGUGGCCAAAACCAUGUACGACAUACUGCUAGGAGAGGAUCCCACUGAGCGAAUGCCUGAGAUCCACCAACAGCUGGAGAACUACAUUGCAGAGCCUUUGUGCAAACGUAGCCUGUCACCUCUCCACUGGUGGCACUCUAAGGAGCAUCGCUUCCCUGCCGUGGCCAGACUUGCCCGUACAUUUCUGGCUAUUCCUACUACGGCUGUGGCUGCAGACAGAGCUUUUGCUCCUAGAGAGACUACUGUUGCUCAACGCAGGGCCAUUCUGGGGCCCCAGCAUUUGGAUCAUAUUCUUUUCCUUCACCAGAACAGUGACUAUGUGGAGAAACUGAUGGGAGGGUCUACGGUGCAUGGAGAAAGGGGCAGUGACAAGAAUGGAGCCAAGAAGAAAAGAGAGACUCUGUAUCAGUCUUUAGUGUCCUAUGAGAGCAAGACUUGGGUGGGAGGGGAGGAGUUGUGAGCUUGUAGUCAGUAUCAUAGUAAGAACAGAGUUGUGGAUAUGCCCACUCAACAUAGGCCUGUGAGAAAAUAUCCAUCCAUUCCUGCUUAAGAUUUAGCUGAUUUCAACUCAUCUAGUUAAAGAGUUGAAAAAUCAAUGACAAGGCAAACAAAUAAUGCAGCUAUUGGGCUCAAAGCCACACUUGUGUGCCGUCUGUUUUUACAUGUAAAAAAAAAAAAGUGUCUGGCCUACUAGCGUCUGGCCCACAUAUCUACAUGUGAGCUGUGAAUUUAUCAUAAGUCGUUGUAAAGUGCUUUCAAUGCGUACCAUACCAAAUAAUAUGUAUCCUAUAUGUAAAGUUGUGAGGAGUUGUUGCACUUUGUCCUUGGUUUGCAUGAAGUAAAAACACGGGUUCAGCA